AUGCCUGAGCCCUCAUGUACGGUGUAUGAUAACACGCUUGGCGGAUCUCGGCUACGGCGCCACAUUGCCCCGCAGAUACGCACUGCCGGUCUUGUCGUUCCACGUGACUGCGGCACUGUUGCGCAGCUUUUGUCUGAUUAUUACUUGUCCGGCAGUGUCACGCCAGACCUCAUCAAGUCCCACAGACGUGGUGGUGAGGUUGGCCGAACCUCCCGACAUUACGGUCGUGCGCGCGACCCCCCAGUCGAUGAGUCCAUACGUCACGGUCUCAAAAACGAUGUCAGCGAAACUGCGUUUUUGUGUUUACAGCCUGAUACGAAUCGUCUGUCGGCACUGAUGAAUGAGCAGCUGGAGCACAUGUAUCUUUCUUCCGUUCGCCGCCCACUCGGUCACGCACCGGUACCACCGUACGAGGUGGUCGUCCCUCGUGAUGGGUUUGGCAUUCCUUCAGACCCGAGUGAGAGCGUCGAGAGAGUCAUGUACAGCGGUAAGGACGUGGACGUUCUUCACCCCGUCGGCGAGCGCAAGGAUCGAGGCUACAACUGGGAGAGCGUUGGCAUCGACCCAACUCAACACCGUUUCGGGAAGACCUUUGCGAAGGAUGCCAUGACGUCGGCGGAUGUGAUGCGUGAGAAUUGUCUCGUGUCGAAUGUGUUUCCAAAAUUUGUGAAGGACCACCGGAUGGUGGGGAAGGUGGAGCUUGGUAAACCACGUUCAUACGGCUUUGAUAACUCCACGUUUAAAGCGACGGCGGAAAAGCGUGCUGUGCGGCGUUCGCGCCGAGGGGAUGGCGACAACGCUCGCGCAUUGCUUAGCAGCUGGGCGCGACACCCUGCCACACUGCAGGCACUCGAGAAGCAGGGCGACCGCGCGGCGACCUCAGAGGCGGGUUUAAUAGAAGGUGCUACCACAACUACUGGCGACAACGGUGGUGAGGGCAGUGUGAGGCGUUCAAGGUUUGCAUGUACGUUUGACAGCAAACAAAGCGGCAGGUCGGUGGCCCUCACGGAGUUGGAAGACGAGGCGCGCGUGCCGCACCUUUUGUAUCCUUGCCAUUAUGUGCAACUUGGCGUAAAGUCUGAGUACUUUGCGGGUGGUCGUCCGUUAGAAGAAAUACGGAGACUGUGCAGGAAGGUUGACUUCGGGCUCAACGACAGUCAAAUCGAUGAGGUGUUUGCAAGCAUCGCCCAGGAUGGCCUUUGCGGCAUCGAGCAGUUCAAGAACAAGGCUGCAGCGAUGGGAUACUUGGCGUAG